GUGGGAUGGUGGAUAAAAGAAAAAGACUGGAAGAUGGUAGUUGUAGACUAUGCAGAGAACUGCAGUAUUAUAUUGGUAGUACAGGUUAGAACUACAGUAUUGCGUUGGUAGUACAGGGCAGAAGGCCAUAACAAUGCUCUCUGCAGGCUGCUACUAUUACUACUGUAGUGAGGCAUCACCUAUCGUCCCUGAUGUGGUGCUAAUCCGAGCUUGAUUAACCCUGCCUUGUAACGCUCAGAGGAAUGAUCUCAUAGGAAGAUCAUGUUCUCUUUUUAAAUUGUAAGUUCAUUAUGAUAAAUGAUGUGUGUGCGUGUCCCCUUCACCUUGAGGUUUGUGGCCCAGGGUUCUGGGAGGAAACACUGCUACACAAAAUCGAAUGAGCUCUCUUCUCUCACGUACACGUGCACACAAUCCAGCAGUUCUCACCACAUGGCUAGCAUCAUUUAUAUAAUAUUUGUAGCUCAGCUGAGCAGCGAACUUUGCAUGUUUUCUUUUUUGUAUUUGCAUUGUUGGAACAGCCAUCUCUCGCUCUUUUGCUAUUUCCUGCAAGUUAAUAUGUACGGGAGUAAGCUUUUAAUGGUGGGGACCAUACCCCCCCAGACCGGUAGUACUUGUAGCCUACAUCAGUAUUGUAGCACUGCUGUUGGUGGGUGAAAAUAUUGCGUCCUGAAAGUUUGAAAAUCCAAAAUUCGGUGUUGAUCUAGUAGUAGUUAAUCUGCUCUUGGAAAAAGUUAGACUCAAACGCACACAUACCCACACUAACAAUCUGCGUUUCUUAAAGCUCCAGAAUUCUACUGCCAUCCCGGUAGAACAAAUCUAUGAUAAUUGUUAGGUUCACAUUUCUUCAGGUCUACAAUAUUAAAAUAAAGCAUGUGAAUGUUAUGGCCGUUGGAAGGGACCCAAAUAUUAAUACAAAACAUAUUACGUGCUGUUGGGGUUCAAGACAAUUGAGAAACGUAAGACCCAGAAUAGCUUAACUGCAUAAUGUCCCCUUGUGCGGUCUACACCCCCUGUAGUGCAAUGGACCGUUCUCUACUGGAAACUACAACUCCCAGGAUACCUUUGUGUUCCAGUUGGACCGUUCUCUACUAGCUACCAGCUAUUUGUUAUGUUCCGUUCGUCGUUCAAUUGUGCUUUUAAAAGGCACAAAGUGAAGCGGAUUUCCUCGAAGGAUGAAGAGGAUGGAGAAAUGAACAUCACUCACUAACUUGUUGCAUGAGGGGGUUAUGAACGGCUAUGAUGUGGUGCGGCAGAUUGGCGAGGGGGCGUUUGGUAAAGCCUUCCUGGUCAGAGAUCAAAGUUCAGCCACCAUGUGUGUCAUCAAGGAGAUUAAGCUUGGCAAGAUGUCGCAGAGUGAAAGGGAGGCAUCGAACAAAGAAGGGAUGCUACUCUCUAAGAUGGAACACCCAAACAUCGUGGCAUUCUUCAAAUCAUUUCAAGAGAGGAACAGUCUGUAUAUAGUGAUGGAGUUCUGUGACGGAGGAGAUCUGAUGAAGAGGAUUACCGUUCAGAGAGGAGUCCUCUUCACAGAGGAGCAAGUGGUGAACUGGUUCCUUCAGGUGUGUCUGGGACUCAAGCACAUCCAUGACCGCAAGGUUCUUCACCGAGACAUCAAGGCCCAGAACAUCUUCCUCACCGGCGGUGGGAACCGAGCCAAACUUGGGGACUUCGGCAUCGCCAGGAUGUUGAAUAACACCAUGGAGCUGGCGCGGACAUGCGUUGGCACUCCAUACUACCUCUCCCCUGAGAUAUGUGAGAGCAGACCAUACAACAACAAGACUGAUGUCUGGUCUUUGGGCUGUGUCCUCUACGAACUCUGCACCCUUAGACACCCAUUUGAGGGCAGUAAUUUGUGCCAGCUGGUGGGUAAAAUCUGCAGGGGACGCUUUGAGCCAGUCUCCAGUCGGUACUCCCACGACCUUCGCCUGCUGCUUAGCCAGCUCUUCAAGGUGAGCCCGCGGGACCGGCCCUCUAUGAGCUCCGUUCUGAAGCGACCCUUUCUUGAGAAGCUCAUCUGUAAAUACCUGGACCCACAGUUGAUGCAGGAGGAGUUCAGCCAAUCGACGGUGAUCAGGAACAAAGCAGCAUGUCCCCAGAAGUAUAAAACAAGACCUUAUCAAGCUGAGAAGCUAGCCAGGGCCAGAGCUCCAGCGAGUGCUGCACCCCGGCCAACGUUGAAGAAGCUGCACCUCAAACCAGAGUGGAAAGCCCCAGCCAGAGGCUGCACGCCUUUGGGCCAGCCUAAAGGCAGACCAGGUCACCUAGCCGGCCCAGAGCUCAGAGAGGUCAGAGGUCAACAGAACCAAAGGGACCCCUAUCACCACUACCAUCGUCAACUGGAUGCUCUGAAGAGAAGGAACAACCCUCCUCCUCCUCCUCCUCCUCCUCCUCCUCCUCCUCCUCCUCCUCCUCCUCCUCAGAACCCUUCCUUCCCUCAGCUUGCAGAGCGGGGGGAAGACAGGCCUGUUCCCUAUCGAAUGGUGGAAGAGGCCCACGGAGCGUACCUCCAGAGACGUCAGGAAGCCCAGCACUACAAGCUCAGAGCAGAGAAACAGCUGGGCCUGCGCCCGUCUACGGCUGAGGCUGAGCGCUACAGGAAGUUAGCCACCCAUCAAGAGGAAGUUAGAAGACCUCAUCAAACACCUCAGCAUGGGAACCAACAGGAUUAUCUGAAUCAGUUAGAGUGUAUCAGAGAACAGUACUACCAGGAAAUGAGAGCCUUGAGGAGGAGAGCAGAGCUACUGAAUCAGCCAGGUACCAAUGAGGAGGAACAUCCCAGGAGUCCAGCCAGACCCAGUCCAGAACACUCACAUGGACAGCAGGACAUGCGGGAUGCAUUGGAGCUCAUCCGAGAUGAGGAUAGACAGGAGAGGAGAGAAGUAAAAAGAGAGAAGUUACAGGGGUUGGAGAAUAAACACAGGGGCCAGAAAGGAAUCAUGUUUGAGAUCCGGCUGGACUGUGAGGAGAGUAAAGAAGGGCGACGAGGAGAGGACGAGAAGAAGGAGGGAAUAGGAGGAGAGGAGGGAGAGGCUGAGGGUCUUCUCAACCAGCGCCUGAGUUUCCAGGAGGGGGAGGAGCUCAGGCAUAGGGAUUGGUCGGUGGGGGAGGAGCUCAGGCAUAGGGAUUGGUCGGUGGGAGAGGGGGGGCAGGGCCAGGUGAGGAGGGGGUGGAGUGAGCGGUUACCAGAGACUCUUCUGGAGGCCCUAGCCGGGAUGGACGUGUCUCUUGCAGGAGGCGAUGAAGAGGAGGAGGAAGCAGAGAGGAGGAGAGCAUGGGGGAGCGGACCCCCAAGCACUCUGCUCAAUGCCCUGGCCCACGCCCCCCUCAGCUCCUCCUCCUCCACCCUGGACACUCUGACACCAGAACCACCAGUAGAGGGGCAGAAGGAGGAGGAGGGACAGCGAGAGGAGCAGAGAGAGGAGCAGAGUGAGGGAGAGGAGGAGUUGGAGAAGGAGGUGCAGAUAAAGGAGGAGUCAGAUGUGGAGGUGGACGGCGAUCGUCUGGAGCCCCGGUCUGACGACGAUGACACGAACUUUGAGGAGUCUGAAGACGAGCUGAGGGAGGAGGUGGCCGACUCCAUGAAGAACCUCUUCAUCAUGGAUGAAGAUGAAGACGAGGAGCCCGGAGAGAGAGAAGAGAUAGAUGGAAGGAUAAAGGAGGGAGGGGAAGAUAAGGGAUGUGGGGACCCCAGACCAACACAGGCAGAGCCAGACAGCUACCCAUUGACCAAGGCCCCUCCCUCUUCAACCAAGGCCCAAGAUGAGGGGUGUGGGGGCCAGCCCGAGCAUAUAGGAGACCCUCAGACAUCAGAUGAAGCCACCUCCGAAGACGAUGGUAAAUAGAUCAGGAUCAUAUAUAGACAGGAGGUCUUCACUGAGAGGGUUGGUGGAAAGACGCACGUUGAUGGAGGUUCUAGGAAAGGAAUUUUAUCACAUCUGCACAUAUAUUCCUCAAGCUUUACUUAAAUAUGAAUGUAUUUAUGCAACCAAUCUAAUAAAUGAUUCAAAUGGAAUCCAAAA